AUGAGUUCAGACCAGGAAAUGGCCAUUUUUGGGGAGGCAGCUCCGUACCUCCGAAAGUCUGAAAAGGAGCGCAUUGAGGCCCAGAAUAGGCCCUUUGAUGCCAAGACAUCUGUCUUUGUGGCGGAGCCCAAAGAAUCCUUUGUGAAAGGGACCAUCCAGAGCAGAGAAGGAGGGAAAGUGACGGUGAAGACCGAAGCUGGAGCGACUCUGACAGUGAAAGAUGAUCAAGUCUUCCCCAUGAACCCUCCCAAGUAUGACAAGAUCGAGGACAUGGCCAUGAUGACCCACCUGCACGAGCCCGCUGUUCUGUACAACCUCAAAGAGCGUUAUGCGGCCUGGAUGAUCUACACCUACUCAGGCCUCUUCUGCGUCACAGUCAACCCCUACAAAUGGCUGCCAGUGUACAAUGCAGAGGUGGUGACAGCCUACCGAGGCAAGAAGCGCCAGGAAGCCCCGCCCCACAUCUUCUCCAUCUCCGACAACGCCUAUCAGUUCAUGCUGACGGAUCGGGAGAAUCAAUCCAUCUUAAUCACUGGAGAAUCUGGUGCAGGGAAGACUGUGAACACCAAGCGUGUCAUCCAGUACUUUGCAACAAUUGCAGUCACUGGGGACAAGAAGAAGGAGGAAAUUACUUCUGGCAAAAUACAGGGGACCCUUGAAGAUCAAAUCAUCAGCGCCAAUCCCCUACUGGAGGCCUUUGGCAAUGCCAAGACUGUGAGGAAUGACAACUCCUCUCGCUUUGGUAAAUUCAUCAGGAUCCACUUCGGUACCACGGGAAAACUGGCUUCUGCUGAUAUUGAAACAUAUCUUCUGGAGAAGUCUAGAGUUACUUUCCAGCUGAAGGCGGAAAGGAGCUACCACAUUUUCUAUCAGAUCAUGUCUAACAAGAAGCCAGAUCUAAUUGAAAUGCUCCUGAUCACCACCAACCCAUAUGACUAUGCCUUCGUCAGUCAAGGGGAGAUCACCGUCCCUAGCAUUGAUGACCAAGAAGAGCUGAUGGCCACAGAUAGUGCCAUUGAAAUCCUGGGCUUCACCUCUGAUGAAAGAGUGUCCAUCUAUAAGCUCACGGGGGCUGUGAUGCAUUAUGGGAACAUGAAGUUCAAGCAGAAGCAGCGGGAGGAGCAGGCCGAGCCAGACGGCACUGAAGUUGCUGACAAGGCGGCCUAUCUCCAGAAUCUGAACUCUGCUGACCUGCUCAAAGCCCUCUGCUACCCCAGGGUCAAGGUCGGCAAUGAGUACGUCACCAAAGGCCAGACUGUGCAGCAGGUGUACAACGCAGUGGGCGCUCUGGCCAAGGCCGUCUACGAGAAGAUGUUCCUGUGGAUGGUCACCCGCAUCAACCAGCAACUGGACACCAAGCAGCCCAGACAGUACUUCAUUGGGGUCUUGGACAUCGCCGGCUUUGAGAUCUUUGAUUUCAACAGCCUGGAGCAGCUGUGCAUCAACUUCACCAACGAGAAGCUGCAACAGUUCUUCAACCACCACAUGUUCGUGCUGGAGCAGGAGGAAUACAAGAAGGAGGGCAUUGAGUGGGAGUUCAUCGACUUCGGGAUGGACCUGGCUGCCUGCAUCGAGCUCAUUGAGAAGCCCAUGGGCAUCUUCUCUAUCCUGGAAGAGGAGUGCAUGUUCCCCAAGGCCACAGACACCUCCUUCAAGAACAAGCUAUAUGAGCAGCACCUUGGAAAGUCGGCCAACUUCCAGAAGCCCAAGCCUGCCAAAGGCAAGGCCGAGGCACACUUCUCUCUGGUCCACUACGCCGGCACUGUGGACUACAACAUCGCCGGCUGGCUGGACAAGAACAAGGACCCCCUGAAUGAGACCGUGGUCGGGCUGUACCAGAAGUCUGCAAUGAAGACUCUGGCUUACCUCUUCUCUGGGGCAGCAGCUGCUGAAGCAGAGGCUGGCGGUGGCAAGAAAGGUGGCAAGAAGAAGGGUUCUUCUUUCCAGACCGUGUCUGCUCUCUUCAGGGAGAAUCUGAAUAAGCUGAUGACCAACCUGAGGAGCACUCACCCCCACUUUGUACGGUGUAUCAUCCCCAAUGAAACCAAGACUCCAGGGGCCAUGGAGCAUGAACUUGUCCUGCACCAGCUGCGGUGUAAUGGUGUGCUGGAAGGGAUCCGCAUCUGCAGGAAGGGGUUCCCAAGCAGGAUCCUUUAUGCAGACUUCAAACAGAGAUACAAGGUAUUAAAUGCAAGUGCUAUCCCCGAAGGACAGUUCAUUGACAGCAAGAAGGCUUCUGAGAAGCUCCUUGCAUCCAUCGACAUUGACCACACCCAGUAUAAAUUUGGUCACACCAAGGUCUUUUUCAAAGCUGGUCUUCUGGGGCUCCUAGAGGAGAUGCGAGAUGACAAGUUGGCCCAGCUGAUUACUAGAACCCAGGCCAGGUGCAGAGGGUUCUUGGCAAGAGUGGAGUACCAGAAGAUGGUGGAGAGAAGAGAGUCCAUCUUCUGCAUCCAGUACAACGUCCGUGCAUUCAUGAACGUCAAGCACUGGCCCUGGAUGAAGCUGUAUUUCAAGAUCAAGCCACUCCUCAAGAGCGCAGAGACAGAAAAGGAGAUGGCCAACAUGAAGGAAGAGUUUGAGAAGACCAAAGAAAACCUUGCCAAGGCUGAGGCCAAAAGGAAAGAGCUGGAAGAGAAAAUGGUUGCUCUCAUGCAAGAGAAAAAUGACCUGCAGCUCCAGGUCCAAGCUGAAGCAGAUAGCUUGGCUGAUGCAGAGGAGAGGUGUGACCAGCUGAUCAAAACCAAAAUCCAGCUGGAGGCCAAG